CAAACGUCACUUCCGGUUAUUAUUUUGAGAGCAAAACACUGCAACAUUUUGCAAUACUAAUCUCUGGUCCCCAUUAUAUGGGUAUUUUUUUUAUUUUAACACCUUUUGUGUUUUUUGCGUCACAUUUAUUAGCUAAUUUUACUUGUGUGGUGGAAUUGGCAAUAUUCGGAAAGAGAUCAGUAUUCUGGUUCUAGCUAGCGGAAGAUGAAGGUCCCGAGCGAUGAAAAUGAGGUGGUGGAGGAAGGCAGUAGCAGUUCAACACCAGUAGACAACUCUGACAAUGAGGAAAUUCCACCUUAUCUACGCGAAGAACCUCCUGAAGACGGCGAGAAGGACCACCCUAAGACUGAGGCGGGGGUCAUCUGGAGGGUGACCGGCGGUCUCUUCAACAUGACCAGAGGGGCGGUCGGCGCGACAUGGGGAGGCGUGGCCUGGGUGGGCUGUAAGAGCUAUGACAUCACCAAGACGGUGGUGACCAGCGUGCCGGCCGCCGGCGUGGGAUUAGUCAAAGGGGGCGUUUCCGUGGUGACGGGAGGAGUUGGAGCGGUAGGCUCCGCAGUAGCCAGUAAAGUGACACCAAAGAAAAAGGAUAAGUCGGAUUAGGCCUAGACCCAACUACCACCCCAAUCUAUGCGUCCUUCAUUAUCUGUCUGCUGUGCAUAGGAUCCAUCUGGUUACUGAUGGUAACGAUUCAGAGUUGAGAUAAGCCCAAGUACCUUGGAUUUCCACGUAAAUCAUUCAACGACAUCAAUAGGGAAACUUGCGUGAAAAGCCGAGUUAAGCUUGCGGAUCUCAAGUCAGAAUACUAUCCUGAGGCAGCCAUUACAGAGGGAAUUUUAUGGGAUUUGUGACGAUAUAGGAAGGUUGAACUUACUGCCGAUGUACUUCUGAGAGGGAUCUCAUGUUUUUGUGAUUGACCUGGGUGUGGGAAGGGCACAAUAAUAUGAUGACCACGCACAAUGUUUGUCAUGCAUAAGAACAAUUUGGUAGCGAUUCAGCAAGGACACAUCUACACAUUUCUCAAAGACUGGAGUUGAUUUAAAUUCUUCCAGUUUUAUUAUCUUUACGUUCGUUAGUAUGAAAACAAAGUGAAAGGUACUUUUACACAGCUUAAUUUCACCAGUUUGACAUCAGUGAUUGGAAAACACACACCAGAAAAUAUGUGUGUAUGUGAAGAUGUACAGAGUGUGUAUUAUAAUAGAUAUGUGAAUAAAAGGUACGUGGAUCCUAUUGAUGCAGAUAGAGAAGGUAGGAGAGGGACUUUGCAGUCUUGAAACUCCAUUGCAACUUGGAUUUUAUUUUAUUUUAUUGUACAACAGGUGAGGGGAUUUUCUUUUUUUUUUUAGUUGGAGACCUGUUAAAUAAAGCGUGUUAUUGCAUAGAAACGGAUCUAAAGAAAUCCUGAAAGACACCUUUUUGUAUACAUGUUACUUAUAUCAGCAGAGGUCCUGGGGUGUUUAAAGAAAUGAAGCACCAUUUCACCACCAACGAAACACACGUACGUAAGGUCAAGGGUCAUAGUUCAUGCCUGCAUGGCAAAUGUCACCCUAUUCCCUUUAUAGUGCAUUACUUUUUACCAGGGCCCUCUUGUUUAAAAGUAGUGCGCUAUAUAGGGAAUAGGGUGCCAUGUGGGACUCAUGCUAUUUCAUUCACUUGUAUGGACUUUCCUCAAAUCUAUAUGUAUGUGACUACCUGUACAAUGUACACACAUUAGAUAGAUAAGUACUGAUAGUUGAUAGUUCACACUGACAUUCCCGGAGUAUGAGGGCCAGUUGAAAACGAACCUGCUUUUUCUUUCCACGAAUCCCAUUCACUUCUGGGUGCCAAUAUGUUUGGCAUGAAAAUGAGUUGACAAGAUGCCAGAAACAGAUCUGGGUACAGGCUAAUUCAUUUCCACAUGGUUUACAUUGUUAUCAUAGUGCUGAAUUACUGUCCAUUCUGAUGAGACAUUAGGUGUACACCAAUCUAUUUUUUUGUUCUUUUUUUGUUCUUUUUUUGUAUUUCAAUGUUCACUAGAAAGAGAACACUCUUGGCAUGGUAUUUCAACGCCCUUACUUUAAGCACCGCAUGCUUCAAGUAGUCGUUUUUCCCUUCUUCCUGUUUAUUAUUAUCACAAGUCUUGCCUAUUUCAUUUGAUGCUUUUUCCUCUUGUCCUGUCUAUUUACUGUUUUCCUCGUCUCUUACUUCUGCUAGUUAAUAUAUGUAUUGGGGACUCUGUUACUAUAACCCGAAGUGUGUUCCAAAUUACACCCGCUUCCCUAUUUAGUGCAGCACUUUUGACCAGGGCCCAUAGGGGCUUUGGUCAAAAGUAGUGCACUAUGUAGGGAAUAGGGUGCAAUUUGGGACGUAUGCCUGGACCUUUAAGACCAAGUAGAUUUUUCUCUAUGAUAGAACUAUUUUUGCAAAAACUGAUGCUGUAUUCUAUAAAUAAAGCUACUCUGUAUUUGAA